UCCUCACCAGCCAAUAACAGAGUAGGUGCCUGUUAUUUUGGAACCUGCCUUGGGCAGAGAAGUUGCAUUGCAUGUACGUCCUAGAAACAGCAAAAGCAGCAAGGGCUGGAGACAGAGAGAGGGGCCUACAGAAGAUGACGGAAUACAAGCUGGUCGUUGUUGGAGCUGGUGGCGUGGGCAAGAGUGCGCUGACGAUACAGCUGAUUCAGAACCAUUUCGUAGAUGAAUACGACCCUACAAUAGAGGAUUCGUACAGGAAGCAAGUAGUCAUAGAUGGCGAGACCUGCCUCUUGGACAUUCUAGACACAGCCGGCCAAGAGGAGUACAGUGCAAUGAGGGACCAGUACAUGAGGACGGGCGAAGGCUUUUUAUGCGUAUUUGCUAUCAAUAACACAAAAUCUUUCGAAGAUAUUCAUCAUUAUAGGGAACAAAUAAAAAGAGUGAAAGAUUCUGAAGAUGUCCCCAUGGUGCUAGUAGGAAACAAGUGUGACUUGCCUUCGAGAACCGUAGACACAAAACAAGCUCAGGACUUAGCUAGAAGUUACGGAAUUCCUUUCAUCGAAACCUCUGCGAAAACGAGACAGGGCGUUGACGAUGCCUUCUACACAUUAGUCCGGGAAAUCCGAAAACACAAAGAGAAGAUGAGCAAAGACGGUAAAAAGAAGAAGAAGAAGUCGAAGACAAAGUGUAUAAUUAUGUAAAUGCAAUUUAACCCUUCGUCCUCAAGGUGUACGGUCGGCAAACGCGAUUCAUUUUUGUACCAUUACACUAAAUUAUUAGCACACACGUUUCUAAGCAUUACUUUAAAACAAACA